AUUAAUGUUUAUUUUUUUUCCAUUUUUUUCUCUUCUGAAUUCCUGAAACAGAGCUCCACACCUCUCCAUUCUGACCUCGAGCUGAGCUGUAAUUCUUCGAAGGUUCUCCUUUAAUUGAAGAAGUAACGAAAGUAGAACAGUGAUUUCGUCGCAGAUCUGUGAGUAUUUGAGCUCCGUAUCAUCGGAAGUAGAACGGUCUUGCCUCUUGAAGGUAGAAAGGGAACGAUUCUCGGAUUAUCGUUUCCUUUUUCUUUUUCUCCGUUUUGCCUAGUAGAUCCGGUGGUCAAUUGAUGGUCAUGUCGAUCUUACGACCUGUUCGAAGGAAGGAUCCGCCAUGGCGGAGGAUCUAGUUGGUUUGAGCUCGCUUGGGACGAAGUAGGCCAGGGUUUGAAGGGUUAGUCGUGAUCUUUUGCGGUGCUUGGUAAUGGCUACUGUACAGAAGCUGCCGCUGUCGAGCCUUAACACGACGGCUGGUAGUUAUGGAUCUUGUAAGGCUGAUACUGCUGCCAUGGAUCAGUUCCCCGCUGGACUGAGAGUACUCGUCGUUGACGAUGACCCAAUCUGUUUGAGGAUUUUGGAGGAAAUGCUUCGGAAAUGCAUGUAUCAUGUUACAACUUGCUCCCGGGCUACUAUUGCUUUAAAUCUGCUACGGGAAAGGAAAGGUUGUUUUGAUAUGGUAAUAAGUGAUGUUUAUAUGCCUGAUAUGGAUGGAUAUAAGCUCCUUGAACACGUUGGGCUGGAGAUGGACCUUCCUGUUAUCAUGAUGUCUUCUGAUGCAAGUACCAGUGCUGUGAUGAGAGGAAUCAAACAUGGGGCUUGUGAUUAUUUGAUUAAGCCUGUACGUUUGGCAGAGCUGAAGAAUAUAUGGCAGCAUUUUGUUAGGAAAAAGUGGAAUGAAAAUAAAGAUCAUGAACAAUCUGCUAGCGCAGAAGAAAACGAUCGACAUAAGCGAGGAGGGAACGAUGCUGACUAUGCUUCUUCCGUUAAUGAAGGAACGGAUGGUAAUUGGAAAGUUCAGAAAAAGAGGAGGGAUGCUAAAGAUGAUGAAGAUGAAGGUGAAUUGGAUAAUGAUGAGCCUGGCACGUCAAAGAAACCCAGGGUAGUGUGGUCAGUGGAACUGCAUCAGCAAUUUGUCAGUGCUGUGAAUCAGCUUGGAAUUGACAAGGCUGUUCCCAAGAAAAUCCUUGAAUUGAUGAAUGUUCCAGGUUUAACUAGAGAAAAUGUUGCAAGCCAUUUGCAGAAAUUCAGACUAUACUUGAAGAGAUUAAGUGGAGUAGCUCAACAGCAAAUUGGGAUUUCCAAUUCAUUCUGUGGCUCUGUAGAGUCAAAUGCAAAACUGGGUUCUCUAGGCAGACUUGAUAUCCAAGCAUUGGCUGCUUCUGGCCAAAUUCCUCCGCAGACGCUGGCUGCUUUGCAGUCUGAGCUUUUGGGUCGACCAGCAGGUAGUCUAGUGUUGCCAGCGAUGGACCAGUCAGUUCUUCUGCAAUCAUCAUUACAAGGACCCAAAUGCAUUCCAGUUGAACAUGGUGUGGCAUUCGGUCAGCCCUUAAUAAAAUGCCCCUCAAACAUAGCCAAACAGUUUCCUCAGUCCAACAUUUCUGUUGAGGAUAUUCCUUCUGGAUUUGGAACAUGGCCACCUAACUCUUUUGGUACAGUUGGCGCUUCAGGCGAUUUUGGGGGACUAAACACUCAGAACAAUAACAUGUUGAUGCAGAUACUACAGCAGCAGCAGCAGCAACAACGGGAUGUGCUACUUGAACCCAGCCAUUCAAUUAAUGUUCAGCCUUCUUGCCUAGUGGUCCCUUCACAAUCAUCAUCCGGUUUUCAGGCAGGAAAUAGUACUGUUCCCCUCAAUCAGAACUCCAGCUUUAGUAGCAGUGCCGUCAUUGAUUACAGCUUGCUUUCUUCUCAAUCAAAUAACGUCUCAUUGGGUGUUGGGCAAGUCAUUGAUGGGGAUCUCAAAAGUACUGGUGUACUUAAUGGGUAUACCAUACCAUCUUCUAUUUCCCCACCAGUGUCAUCUUGCUCAGUCCUUGCUGACAACUGCACAAGUUGGCAAGUUCAAAACUCGGCUGUAUCUUUAAGUACUGGCAGCCAAUUGAGAGGGCCUGUCAGUAAUGCAUGUGAGAUUCAGCGUCCUUAUGACACAAAAACAGUUCCAUUGCCUGAUCAAGGGCCUGGUAGGAAUCUUGGAUUCGUUGGUAAAGGUUCUUCCAUUCCAAGCCGGUUUGCCGUAGAUGAUAUUGAGUUGCCAACAAGCAACUCAAGCCAUGGCAAGACAUAUAUGGGCAGCAGUGGAGAUAGAGUGAAGCAAGAACUUAAUUUGGAUUUUGUGGAGAAUACAAAAGUGGGUGGUCCAGUAUUGCAACAGUUUUCUCCUAAUGAUCUGAUGAGUGUUCUCUCGAAAUAGAUAAAGGGUACUGUCUUUAUUGGCAAUAAGAUAACUCAAAUUCCUUGGAGAAUGUGGGUUCGGUGCUUGGCUCCAAAUGGUGGGAAGAAUUCCUUGUGAAUGUGUAUUAUUCUUAGCAUAGGAUCUCUAGGUUAAUUGUCAUGCUUGCCUGAAUCCCCCUCCCUUUUCCAACUCCCAGAUGCAGAGGUAAGAACUCCUUAUUUCUCUACAUGUGUUCUGAAUACACAAAUUUCUCUGAGAGAAAUUUCCUUGUAUGAUAAUUUGUUUCUCUGCUUGGAGCAGGUAUUAUGUGAUGUCAUUUAGGUAUUAUUCCCUUUAACCGGUCAUUGAAAAAAUAAGUUGUGUCAAGAAUCUGAAGCUUGGUUUAAGGAGGGGUUUAUUUUAAAACAAA